AUGCGCGGCAACCAGGUCGUCCGGAUCACCUCCCCGCACGGCGACCCGAUCAUCCCGAAACCGUCGCCCCAGCGGCGAUACUCCAAAAACAUGGAGCAGCGCGGCUUCCCCAAGGAGCACGACUACGCCGCCAUGUCGCCGGUCAACGCGGCGCAGAACAGCGUGCAGACCACCGUGCCCAGCAGCGUGCCGAACUCCACGCAGCCCGUGUGCAGCUACCCGAGCCCCCAGUUCUAUGGCCAGCCACAGCAGCUGCAUCAGCAGCCGAUGAGCCCGCAAAUCCAACACCCCCAAAACGUGCCCUACUACCCUCCGAUGAGCCAGCCGGGCCAGCAAGGCGCUUCAAUGUACGGAGGGCAUCCGGGAGCACAACAUCAGCAAUACGUUGUUCAACACCACCCGAACGUGUCGACCGCCCAGGCCCCGAUGAUGAUGCCGAUGCGCAUGCAGCAGCCCGGGCCGGUGCGACAGGCCGUCCACUUGCCGCCGCACACGGCUCCUCAAUAUGCUCAGUCCAUCCCGAGAACUCUGCCCCAGCAGCAGUACCACCAUAACCCGCAGCAGCAGCCGAAACCGCCGGGACCCCAGGGCGCCCCUGUGUACGUGCAGCCUCAGCAAAUGCGCGCCCCGGUCCAACAGCAGCAGCAAGCAGUCCAGCCGGCCCCGGUGAACGCUCGCCCUCAACAGCCACCGCCCGGAUUCCGCGCAGCUCCCCAGCAGGCCGCGGCCCCGCAGCGCCAGACGCCCUCUCAGAAGGUUCUGUUCUCGAGCGACCUGAUCAAGAUGUACCCGAACAGCUCAAGCAUGCCGCGCAUGCCCCCGUCACGCAGCCGCGCCAUCCCCCAACUACAAGACGCGACGGCCACACAGAAUGGGCAGAAGCGCCUGUUUGCCCGCGCUGCUCGCCCGGCUCAGCAGCAGCAGUCACAGCCGGCCCCUGAGCCUCAACAAGUUCAGCAGCAGUACCCCGUACAGUGCGGCAACGCUGCGGCUAGUACUAGUGGUCAUCAACAGUCGAUCGUCGUCGGGAAACGUCCGGCCCCGGGGCCAGCUUCCUGCCCAAUCCCGGCCAAGCUACCGGCCUACCAACAGGCCCAACUUCCGCAACAGGGUCAGUACCAGCUGACUCAGCAGCAGCCACAGCCGCAACGCGUGACGAUGACGAUGGCCCAAGAGCAGCCACAGCCUCAGCAACAGCAGCAACAAGCCGCCCGCACCUUCCAGCCGCCCAACAUCCUGCAGCGCCGCAAGCUGGGACAGAGCCAAAUCGUGCGCCUACGCCCCCUCGCGGGCGGCAUCCCGCCCGCCGCCGGCCACAUCUACCAGGUGCUGGAGCCGGGUCCGACGAAGGCCGAGCAGCCCAACCAGCGCCAAGUCGCUCACCACGACGCGCUGGCCGUCAUCGACGGGAUGCGCCAAAAGUUCGCCAACCAGGGCCAAGUAAACGAAGGGAAUGGCUCUCCAGCUCCAACUCCCGCAGCUGCCGAAAACCCGCCUUCCGCCCAAGUCGAGGCCGAGCAGCAGCCGCUGCAGGACGAUGAGGACCUGAUGGCCGAAUUUUUCGAGCCGGGCACCUAC